UCUUCCGCUGCCAGCUGCGAGGCGGCCUGGAGGACAGGAGCGGCCCGAGGGGCCGAGCGGCCGAGGGACAGGAGCUUUAAAAAGGGUCUGCUGUCUCCUGCCGCCCUCUGUUCGAGUCUCCCCGGGACACGGAGGUGACUAUUCGGCUGGACGUGGGCUGCUCGCCGCCCCCGCUUCCACCCACGGACGGACACGCGUCAUUCGGCGAUCGACCCUCCACCUCCGCCGUGGAGGCGUGAAUGGAGCCGGAAAUAUCCAGCUGCCUCUCAAAUAACACACACGCAGAUACAUACAGCGCGCCACAGCAAAGAGAAGCAGCGGGGAAGAAGCGGCUCAGCCUGGGACACUCCAGCGACCUCGCAGCCAGCCAGCGUGUGACGGCAGCUUCUGCCAAGCAUCUCGAGUAUAAAAAAAGGUCCGACAGCGACAUGUCUUUGCCGCGGACGCUCGGUGAACUGCAGCUGUUCUGCCUGCUGCAGAGGGCCAACCUCACGGCCUAUUACCAGAACUUCAUCCAACAGGGAGGGGACGACGUGAGGCAACUGUGCGAGGCGGGAGAAGAGGAGUUCCUGGAAAUCAUGGUUCUGGUUGGCAUGGCCUCCAAGCCUCUGCACGUCCGCAGGCUGCAGAAAGCCUUGCGCGAGUGGAUGGCCAACCCUGCCGCCUUCCACCGCCCACUGGCCAGCAGCCUGUCCCGCUUCAAGCUGUCCGCCGCCUCGACUCGCAAGCCAAAGAGGAAAGCGCUCGAUGGCGGCAGCGCGGACGCCUUCCCUGAAGGCAAACGCCUGCGGAGUCUGGUCCCCGCGCCCACCGGCAGCGACAGCCCCAGUUCCUCCUCGGAUGGCGAGGGCAGGAGUAUCCCGGCGCUGGGGUCGGAGGAGGAGGAGGAGGAGGAGGGCCGGUCAGGGGAAGCCCCGGGGCACUUGAGGCUGACAAAGCCGGUGGGGACGGAGGGCAGCGAUCCCGUGAAGAAAGAGGAGCGCCUGGAACACGGCUCCGAGCGAGCAGCCAACGCAGCAGAUUGGAAGCUGAUGUCUGCUCCGUCUACGUGAACAGAGGGAGCUAAUUCAGGAACGGUUUAAUAAUGGGAUCACCCAAACCAGGGCUUAAGCCAAUUCUGCUUUGGAAGCCAGCUUUGCCAAUACCCAAUUCCCUCGGCCCAGUGUACCAGGGCUGCUGCAGUGAAAUAAAGAGUAAUUUCGUUUCGAUGUUUAAUAAUAUUAACAAAAACGGACAUUGGGGUAAACCAAGGGUUAUGGGCAGAUGAAACAGUUUGGCGAUUAAAACCUACAGAUUGUUGGAGGAGGAAGGAUUGAGAUGCGACACUGUUGGGGUGAUGCUGGGACGGGGUGGUAGGGGGUCAAGUCAUCUCAUAUAUUCAGCUUUUCCUUUUAUCGCUAAGAACCAGUUGGGAGCAGCCUCCAAGCAGCCAUAAAUAGUGUUGGACAGUCAGGAAGAAUUUGUCAAAUAGCAUGACAUGGAUUCAAUAGGGUGCAGGUACAACACAAGGAGGAUAAUGGUUCGUAGACAAAAAUGCUGGAGAAACUCAGCGGGUGAGGCAGCAUCUAUGGAGCGAAGGAAAUAGGCAACGUUUCGGGCCGAAACACUUAUUCAAUGGUUCCCUGUCCAAAACUGUAUGUACAACUCUUGUACUAUUUCACAAUGUCAUUCUCAUCUACCAGGAAAGGCAUGUAGAGGGUGCACUGGGAUUACCCCCCCACACACACACCAAGUUUUGCUUUAAAGUGUAUAUGAAAGGAGAUUCACCAAUCAAAAUAAUAAAUACCUUUUACUCACGUGGCUUCCAUUGACUGAUCUCUUCUGUUAGCGCAUUCAUUCUGACAAGGAAGGUAGGCCUUCACUAAUUGCCACUCUCAUUACAGCACGUUGACACCCUCAGCUGCUCAUUACCUGGGAUCAUCAGCCUUUCUAAUUCCAAAAAUAUAGAUCGAAAAUGCUGGAAACCCUCAGCACGUGAGGUAGUGUCCGUGGAGACAGAAAGAGAGUUAUUGUUUCAGGUCAAAACUGAUCCAAACAGGUGUCCCGUUAGUCAUUCUGCUAUCAGCAGUCGCGUAUUCACUAGUCUGCGCUCUGGGCUCUGGUAUUCCCACGAUGGACAUUCGUUCCAGGACUAGACAUUUUGGGCACCUUUUUCAAUAUCUCCCAAAUGUGGCUGACCUCACAUUGUUUGAUGAUGAUGAUAUUACUGUGAAAUGCCUUACAACAUUUUACUAUAUUAAACUAUUUUAUAUUUUACCAUG